UUCAUACAUUACAGUCUGAGGCAUACUUACGGUUGUAACUCCACCUCGUAGUCUUCCAGCUCGCAACAUACGUCAUGUCCCAGUCUAAAGUCUUGAUCUGCGCCGACCCUAAAGAAGGCGUCAUCUGGAGUAAAGAAGAGCAGAAAUCGCAACUUGAAGCAGUCGCUGAAGUUAUCGAACUCUCCUCAUCUGACCGGGAAUCCUUUUUGAAAGAUUGUCAACCUGGUGGUAAAUACGAUGGAGUCGUUGCGAUCUACCGUCAUGGAGCUUCUGCUUCAGCCGUUGGAAACUUUGACAAGGAGUUGAUCGAUGCGCUGCCAAAGAGCGUCAAGUAUGUCUGCCAUAACGGAGCGGGAUACGAUACGGUCGACGUCGACGCAUGUACCGCUCGUGGUAUUCAAGUCUCCCACACACCUGGAUCAGUAGAUGACGCGACGGCAACGGUAGGUAUCUACCUCGCUUUAUCGGCCAUGCGACAAUUCCACGUCGCGGAACUCAACGUUCGUGCUGGCAAAUUCAAGCAAGGUUUGCAACCUGCCCGGGAUCCCGAGGGCAAGACAGUAGGCAUUAUCGGAAUGGGAGGGAUCGGCAAGACCAUGGCCAAACGAUUCCUCGCAUUCGACAUGAAGAUUCUUUACCAUAAUCGCCGACCCAUCUCGCCGGAACCUUCUUUCCCAUGUACCUACUGUGAAAAUGUGGAUGACCUGCUCGCUCAAUCGGAUAUCGUCUCUCUCAAUCUGCCAUUGAAUGAAAAGACCAAAGGAUCUUUCGGGAAAGCUCAAUUUGAUAAGAUGAAGGAUGGGUCAGUAUUGGUCAAUACCGCUAGAGGGGGAGUGGUGGAUGAAGAUGCUCUCAUUGAAGCUUUGGAGUCUGGCAAGCUUUUCUCUGCGGGUCUUGAUGUCUUCCCUGAUGAGCCCAACGUCAACCCUAAAUUGAUCGCAAUGAAGAACAUUACUCUCCUUCCUCACAUGGGAACAGAAACGAGGGAUAGUCAGAAGAAGAUGGAGCUCCAAGUAUUUGACAACAUUGUCUCUGCGCUGCAGGGCAAAGGUCUGCCCAACCAAGUCCCAGAACAGCGAAAGUAGGGGCCGAAGAAGAGCCAGGAAUGCCGCUGUCAUAUUAUAUCGUGUGAUGCAUAAAGGAUCUU